AUGGCUUCUACCUCGACUUUUGUUAUUGCAAAAGAAAACAAGUUAAUCAACAAGGUCAAAAAGCUUAAUACGGAAAAACUUAUCGAAUUUUUGUCUGAAGAAAUACAGCUAGACGAGUGUGACUUGGAUAUUAUCCGCGAGAAAAAGGUCUCUGGUCGUGCCUUUAUUAAGUUGACUGAAGAUAAGCUUGAAGAAUGGGGAAUUGCAGAUGGAUCAGUUUUAGCAAUUGCGGAUUUCGUUGAGGAACUCAGAGGUGAAGAGUGUGAAUUUUCUAAGCAGAGAAAAGUUGAGGACAAAGAUAUAAUCACACCUUUGGCUACAAGAGUUAAGUAUAUUUUUCAUAUUUCUGGGCUUACAAUAUCCUACGCCUGUAUGGACCCACCCAUUUUAUGGACCCCUGCAGCCGAUGCUUGGAAAGAGGGCCUCGCACACCUGCUAGGACCCAUUACAGUUUCUGUAAUCCUCUUAAUGAACAUUCUAAGCGCGCUUACUUCUUAUUUUGAUGAAACAUAUGUUGAUAACUGGUCUCACAUUGAUUGUCUCGAGUAUUUAGCAAAAGUCUGUCCACAUCUAACGUCAGAAGACCGUAUUGAAAUUCUUGAAAGUUACAAGGCUAAAUUACGUUCAAUAAGUUCAAGUCAAUCAAUGCUCCAAAAAUCAAGAAUGAAAGCCUUCAAGCUUGUUGAAGCAGCAGAUCGCUCAUUUAAACGUAAUGAAGUUACUUUGUUUUUUGAAGAAUUAGACACAAAGGUUGACACGAAUGCCACAAAUAAUCUCGCGAAUGCAACAAAUAAUCUUGCGAAUGCAAAAGGAAAUUUGCUACAGUCGAAAUUGAAGGUCCAUGCAUAUAACAAUAUUAUCAAUCCCGAAUCUGGUGAAGAUCUAAUGACAAGUAGGAAAAGGAAACAUGAAGAGGAAGAAAAUGGUCUAAAAACACCGCCACUUAGAUCUCCUCUGAAUGAAGAUGCCCUUAGUACUCUGAAUAAGCGUCAGAUGUCUGAUGAGAAAGUUAUUCAAUAUCUGAAUUCCAUGGAGCAGUCAUUGAAGUACAAUCAAGUUACCGUUCAGACGCCUUCUUUGUGGACGGAAUCUCUAAAGUCUUAUAUCAACAAUGUUUUGGAGAAACCAGGAGAUGAGUUUAAGAUGGAGAUUAUGCGAAAAAUCGAGGGUGAUGAAGGCAACAAAUUUCGCCUUUACUGCGAGAAAAUUUUAAUGGACUUCUAUAAUCUAGUAGAUGUAUUUCCAAAUCUAUCGAGAAAAAUAGGCGAAAGAAAAUAUAUCAUACAAAAUAUUUCUUCGCUAUUUAAAUUUUAUGAAUCCACGUUUGGAGAUUUUCAUUUCGACUGGAUCGAGACACAUUGGCCAGCAUCAAAAUUAACAAAAUCACGUACUUACUCUGGCAUUGUCAAAGUAGAUGCAAGAGGCGUUCGAGUCUUUGAUGAUAAAGAGAUUUUCCACAUAAAAGCAUCGGAUCUGCCGUCGUUGUCGUCAUCACAACAUCGGCAUGCUGUCAACGAUGCAACAAAAUCUAUACAUACUGACAUCUUGAACCUUAUUGCAAUCCUACUUGACCACCUUCGAGUUCCCGUAGAAAAUGCAACUGAAAUUAAAGUUUUUAGUUUGCAAGCGAUUGAAUACCGUGUAUCAUUAUAUUCUCUCAAUAUGUUAAAAGAUGGGACUUUUUUGACUUCUGAAUUAUAUUCUACCUUGUUACCAUUUUCACUUGAUGCCAUAUCAAAGUAUAAGGGAAUCCUUUAUAUGAUGGCAAUUUUUCAUGAAGAAGUCACGAAGCAAAUGUCAAUUAUGAAAAAAAUUGACUUAAUCGAUCAUAAUGAAGAAAGUACAGUUCGGGAUGUGUUAAAAAUCCCAAAAGCUUUGAAAGAUCUUCUACUUGA